AUGGAUUCUCUUUCAUUUGUUGGCUUUUUCUUUGCGUUCUUUUUGAGUUUAAUAUGUUCGUCUCAAGGCUACACGUUCUAUGUUGGUGGUAAAGAAGGUUGGGUUUUAAAGCCGUCUGAAUUCUACGAUCAUUGGGCCAGAAGGAAUCGCUUUCAAGUCAAUGACACUAUUGUGUAUAUAAGUUUCGUUUUUUUGGGUGCAGUAUUCAAGUACAAGAAAGGGUCAGAUUCAGUUUUAGUGGUCCAUGACAAUGAUGACUAUUUAAAAUGUAACAAAACAAGCCCAAUCCAUCAUUUAAAAGAUAGCCAUUCUAGAUUGAAAUUUACAAGGAAUGGCCGAUUUUAUUUCAUCAGUGGAAAAGACGAUAACUGUGAGAAAGGCCAGAAGGUUCUAGUAGUUGUCAUGUCGCCGAAUCACCACAAAUCUCCAUCGCCGGCGAGUUCUCCGGUGACCACCCCGACUCCUCCACCGGAAUCUGCUUCACCAGCUCCAGCGCCGGCGGCAUCGGCGGCUGCAGUGGAUGUGAGCUCAUCAAAUGUUCUGUUUGGGGUUUUUAUCAGUUUGAUUGCGGCAGCUGUUUUUCUGUAAUUUGAUUAGUUUGCGUUAAUUUUGGUUUUAUUUAAUGUGUUUGGCUACUCUAAGUUCUAUAGUUGUUGUGUUAUGAUAAUUACUUUCAUUAAGAUAUAAUUCGUAGUUUUAUGGUUGAUUUUGUUUUUUUUGCUAAA